CAAAAUCAAGAACUGCACGACCGCUAAAACCCUACCGUCAUUCUUCUGAAGCCCCUCUCCUUUAUCCUCUCGGUUCACAGCGGCACCGUAGAGGAGAAACAAUGGCGAUGUCGAAGCCCAAGAAACCCCACCAAAUCCCCGAAGACCUCGAGCUCCUCAAAUCCGACGUCGCCUCCUUCGUCUCCUCCCUCGGCCUCGCCCCAUCUUCCGGCGCCUCCGGUGCCGGCUUCGACGACUCCGACUUCCGGAAAACAGGUUCCUUCAAACCCCCCAAAAGCCGAGAUCCCAAACCCUCGGCUCCCGAAAAGAUCGAUGGCGGCGAGAAGAAGAACAAGAAGGACGACUCCGAUUCCAAGCCCAAACCCAAGCCCAAGCCCCAUCCUUUGCAAAUCGAUCCGUUCGAGAACGCUAAAUAUGACAAGAACCUCCCCAUGUUGCCGUUGAUGAAGGCGAGCUUGCUGUCGGGGUACUGGUACAAUGACGCCGACGAUCUGGAGGGGAAAGUCCUGGGGCCAGAGGGGAGGAAAAAGGUCCCGUCUUUGGGGAUCGAGGAGCUGAAGAGGCUCGUUUCGAAGAAAAAGGAGGUCGCGGAGAGGUUGCUGCGGCAGUACACGCUGGACUAUGAUUCGUCGAGGAGGAAGAGCGGGGAUAUGAGGCUGCUUGAAGUGACGGCAAGGUCGGGGACAUCGGCGGAUAAGGUCUCGGCAUUCACGUGCUUGGUCGAGGACAAUCCAAUCGCGAACAUGAGGUCACUCGAUGCGCUACUAUCUAUGGUGACGUCAAGGGUAGGGAAACGCUAUGCAUUUACUGGCUUCGAAGCACUAAAGGAGUUGUUCCUGUUGAGGUUACUGCCAGAUCGCAAGUUGAAAAGCCUUUUCCAACAUCCCCUGGAUAAUUUGCCUGAAACAAAAGAUGGUUUCUCUCUUUUACUGUUUUGGUAUUGGGAGGAAUGCUUGAAGCAAAGAUAUGAACGAUUUGUUAUUGCACUCGAGGAAGCACUAAAGGAUAUGUUACCUAAUCUCAAAGACAAAGCAAUGAAGACAGUUUACACCCUUUUGAAGAGUAAAUCAGAACAAGAGCGCAGGUUGCUCACUGCUCUUGUCAAUAAACUUGGUGAUCCGGAGAGGAAAGCGGCAUCUAGUGCUGCCUAUCACUUGUCUUGCCUCUUAUCUGCACAUCCUAAUAUGAAGGCAGUGGUUAUUGAUGAGGUGGAUUCGUUUAUCUUUAGACCUCAUAUUGGAUUGCGUGCAAAAUAUCAGGCUGUUAAUUUUUUGAGUCAGAUUCUUCUUAGUAAAAAAGGAGAUGGACCUAAAAUAGCAAAACGUUUAGUUGAUGCAUAUUUCGCACUCUUUAAGGUACUGAUUUCAGAGGCUAAUGAUGGUGAAAAGAUGUGUAAAAAGGCAAAAAACAAUAGGAAAAGUGUAGAUGGAGAGGAAAAAAGCAAAAAAGUUAAAGGUAAAAUGACAAGCUCUCUUCAAAAUGGCAAAAAGGAACCAUCUCUGGGAUCUAAUGUUGAGAUGGAUUCUCGGCUUUUGUCUGCAGUCCUAACUGGAGUUAACAGAGCAUUUCCUUUUGUUUCAAGUGAUGAAGCAGAUGAUAUUGUUGAAGUUCAAACGCCAGUACUUUUCAGAUUGGUCCAUUCUGGAAAUUUCAAUAUUGGGGUUCAGGCAUUAAUGCUUCUAUAUCAGAUCACUUCCAAGAAUCAGAUUGCAAGUGACCGUUUUUAUCGUGCUUUGUAUUCAAAGCUUCUGACUCCUGCUGCCGUGACUUCAUCUAAGCCAGAAAUGUUUCUUGGAUUACUGGUCAAAGCAAUGAAAAACGAUAUAAACUUAAAGCGGGUAGCUGCCUUUUCAAAAGCGCCUCAUGCAGUUUUGACAAGUCUUGAUGAUCAUGGUUAUUGUUCGGCAAUUGAACUGCCUGAAGAGCAGCUCUUCAGCGCCCCCCUCAAUAUGCAUGGUGGAUGCCUAUUUAUACUAUCUGAGGUUCUUAAAGCAAAGCCACCCUUGUGGGGAAAUUCAGCAAUUCAGGCUGUUCCAGUGCUUCACAAGCUGGUAAAAAAAUUGCAGAAUUCAAAUUAUAAGGAGGAUUAUGACUCUGAAGUCGAUGAUGGUUCAAGAAUUAAAACUGUAAGUGAUGGAAGCAAAGAAGAAGUUCAACCAUCUCAUAUGAGGUCAAAACUACCUGCAGGUUACGAUCCACGUCAUAGGGAACCCUCCUACUGCAAUGCGGACCAUGCAAGUUGGUGGGAGUUGACAAUAUUGGCUGCGCAUGUGCACCCAUCAGUAGCGACCAUGGCUCGGACAAUAUUAUCAGGAGCCAACAUUGUUUAUAAUGGUGAUCCACUAAAUGACUUGUCGCUUGGUGCCUUUCUUGAUAAGUUCAUGGAGAAGAAACCAAAACCAAACCGGAGAGCAGAAGGUACAUGGCAUGGUGGAUCUCAAAUUGCACCUGCAAGAAAGCUUGACCUGAACCAUCAUCUAAUUGGUGACGAGAUACUACAGUUGGCAGAGGAUGAAGUGCCUCCUGAGGAUGUUGUCUUCCAUAGAUUCUACAUGAACAAAACAAGCUCGUCAAAGAAACCAAAGGCAAAGAAGAAGGCCUCACAAGAUGAUGAAGAUGCAGAGGACUUUCUGGAUGCAAGUGACGAGAGUGAGGAAGAGGAGAUUGAUAACAUGCUGGGUUCUGGGCAUCGCCCAUUGGAAGAAGCUGAUGGAGAAUAUGACUAUGAUGAUCUCGACAGAGUUGCUGAUGAGGAGGAUGAUGACUUACUUGGAGAUGGGAGUGAUGCAGAGGCUGGUUCACCUCCCGAUCUUGCUGCGAGAAAGCAUGAUGAAGGUAGUUGCUAGCGACGACGAAGACGACG